AUGUUUGAUGAUCAUCGAGGGAUAAGUCUGCUGCCCUGUGUUAAUAAAAUCUUGGAACGUAUAGUAUUAUCACGAUUACAAAAGCAACAAAAUUGUCUCCAUCAUCCGCUCCAGGGUGGAUAUCAAAAACAACAAGAUGCUCUCACGACAUGUUUUGCAAUUGAAGAGGUGCUAAAUCACUGUUCCGAGGACAAUGAUAAAGUCUAUGCAGCCUAUAUGGACAUCUCAAAAGCUUUUGACACUAUGUGGAUUAAUGGAAUGCUUUACAAGCUAUACUACACCAAAGGGGUAACUGGUAAAACUUGGCGGCUCAUACGAAAUUGGUACUUGAACAUGAAAGAAUUUGUUAUCGUUGAAGGAAAAUCAUCUUGUAUAUACGAGCUAGGGCAAGGUACAAGACAAGGUGGGGUUCUAUCACCCUGGCUUUUCCUGGUAUUCAUAGACAACCUUAUCGAGGAAUUGAGCAACAUUAAAUCUGGAAUUUGCAUCAACACCGUGUAUUUCGGAUCACCCAUGUUUGCGGACGAUCUAACUAUGCUAUCACGUAUGAAAUCUGGACUGGACAAAAUGUUACGAUGUGCUUCGGAAUACAGUAACAAAUGGAGAUUUACAUUUAAUGCUACGAAAACGGUAGUUUUAACGUUUGGUGAAAGCUAUCGGGAACGUAGUGUAAAUCGCAGCAUUAGAGAUUGGCAUCUUGGGUCACGAGUUAUUUUGGAAAAGGAAUGUUGGUUCAAUCUUGGAAAAAUAUGGCAUGUAAAUAAGGAUUCGUCUGCAUUCGUUUCCAAAGCUGUUACCAGAGGAAGAGAAUCCGGAAUGGUUUUAAUGAAAAUGGGAGCUCGAUAUGGAGGAUUAAAUCCUAUAAUUUCAGUUCAGUUAUGGAAGCGGAUUGGUAUCCCAAAGAUGUUGUACGGUUCCGACCUCUGGCAAUUGAAUUGUAAUGACAUUGUUGAACUGGAAAAAGUGCAAAAUACUACGGUGCGUAUUAUACAGGGGUUAUUACCUGGAAUAUCAGGGUCUGCUGCGAGAGGGUUGCUGGGCUUACCACCAAUCGAAGCUGAAGUCGAUAAACGGAAAUUGUAUUUUCUGGGACGACUUAUACUAAUGAGUCAUGGUGUUCCGUGCAGAAAGAUCUUCCUCAUGAGAUUAAUACGUUGGAAGUGGAACCAUACAAACACCUUAAAAGGAUUCAUUCCAAAUAUUGUACGAAUUCUUUUGAAAUAUGAUCUCAUGGACUUUCUAACAGGGUAUAUUUUAUCCGAUCAAUUUCCAAGCAAAUCUGCAUGGAAGAAAAUUGUUAAAAAACAUAUAUACGAGUACUAUAACAAUAUCUGGCAAGAAAAAAUAAGUACGCAUGGUCAACUAAAACUUUAUGCAGAAGUUCAUCCUGUGAUUGAAAUUUCACCAUGGUGGUUAUUAGCUAGAAUGAAACCGGACUUUAUGAAAGAAAUUAAUGAUGUUCUAAGACUACUCUGUGGAUCUUACAAAAUUAAAGGAAAACGGGUGAACAAACCAGAAACUUAUAGAGACUAUUGUAAUGUUUGUAAUAGCAAUUUCUUAAAUCCUGUAAAGCAUGCAUUACUUUAUUGUAAUGGCACAAGCCAAUUAAGAGAAGAACUAUGGGAAUGGAUAAACGAUACUAUGCCAAUCGAAAUGGCAGUACAUUUAGCAAGUUUGACAGACAUGGAAUUUCUCUUAGUUAUAUUAGGUAAAAAGUUAGAAGCAUUAUGUGCAAACACAGACAUAUGGACGGAGCUAUUGCUGAAAUCUGCAAGUUAUGUUUCCUUUUGUUAUAGGAGUAAUUUAGUUAGCUAG